UCUUUUGUGUCUCGAGGUUGGCGGACCUUCCCGUGAAGCCGCUGCGUGGCGGUACUUUUUCCGCUCCCGGCUCCUCCUAGCAGCUUGUGGUCGCCAUUACAGCCGAAUCCGCUGUUAGAGCCGCCAUUUUUAGUCCCGUUGGUCUCUUAGCAAAAGCAAGUCAGGAUUAUGCAACCAGCUGCGCGAGGCCUUCUCCCCCUCUGCGCUUUUUCGAUGGGUUGUAGGUUGCAACUUGUAAUUGGAGUUGUUGCCGGCUGUCUGAUCUUUGAUCCCGCCCAGAACACUUAAGUUUUGUUUGGCAAGACUAUAUAAUAUUGAUUGUAUCUACAAGUCUAAAAAUAAUGGAGACUGAACAACAAGAGGAGACCUUCACUAACACAGAAACCAAUGGCAAACGUCCGGCUGAAGAUAUUGAAGAAGAACAGGCCUUCAAACGGUCUAGGAACACUGAUGAGAUGGUUGAACUGCGUAUUCUGCUUCAGAGUAAAAAUGCUGGAGCAGUGAUUGGCAAAGGUGGCAAAAAUAUUAAGGCGCUUCGUACAGAUUACAAUGCCAGUGUUUCAGUCCCAGACAGCAGUGGCCCCGAGCGCAUACUCAGUAUAAGUGCAGACAUUGAAACAAUUGGAGAAAUUCUGAAGAAAAUUAUCCCUACUUUGGAAGAGUACCAGCAUUACAAAGGAAGUGAUUUUGACUGUGAAUUAAGGUUGUUGAUUCACCAGAGUUUGGCUGGAGGAAUUAUUGGUGUCAAAGGAGCUAAAAUCAAAGAACUGCGAGAGAACACACAAACAACCAUUAAACUUUUCCAAGAAUGUUGUCCUCAUUCUUCUGACAGAGUGGUGCUAAUUGGUGGAAAGCCUGAUAGAGUUGUGGAAUGCAUCAAAAUAAUACUGGAUCUCAUCUCAGAGUCACCAAUCAAAGGACGUGCACAGCCUUACGAUCCAAAUUUCUAUGAUGAAACAUAUGACUAUGGUGGAUUUACAAUGAUGUUUGAUGACAGAAGGGGCCGUCCUGUAGGCUUUCCAAUGCGUGGCAGAGGUGGCUUUGACCGAAUGCCUCCAGGACGUGGUCGUCCGAUGCCUCCAAGAAGAGAUUAUGAUGAUAUGAGCCCUCGCAGAGGACCACCACCUCCUCCUCCUGGCCGUGGUGGUAGAGGUGGCAGCAGAGCUCGCAAUCUUCCUCUUCCUCCUCCUCCUCCUCCCAGAGGCGGGGAUCUCAUGUCUUACGAUCGCAGAGGCAGACCUGGUGAUCGCUACGAUGGAAUGAUGAUGCAAUGUCACGUCAAUGCCUGUGAUGACAUAGAAACACCAGAGAUGUUUGAGGGCGGAUCAGGAUAUGACUAUUCUUAUGCAGGGGGUCGUGGAUCUUAUGGUGAUCUUGGUGGACCCAUCAUUACAACACAAGUAACAAUACCCAAAGAUUUGGCUGGCUCUAUCAUUGGGAAAGGAGGUCAAAGGAUCAAACAGAUACGUCAUGAAUCAGGAGCAUCAAUCAAAAUUGAUGAACCCUUAGAGGGUUCAGAAGACCGGAUAAUAACUAUUACAGGCACACAGGAUCAGAUUCAGAAUGCACAGUAUUUACUGCAAAACAGUGUGAAGCAGUAUGCAGAUGUUGAAGGAUUCUAAUGCAAGAUAUUUUUUCUUUUUUAUAGUGUGAAGCAGUAUUCUGGAAAGUUUUUCUAAGACUAGUGAAGAACUGAAGGAGUCCUGCAUCUUUUUUUUUUCUUAAAUCUGCUUCUGUUUAAAAAGCCAACAUUCCUCUGCUUCAUAGGUGUUCUGCAUUUGAGGUGUAGUGAUAUUUUUGCUGUCACCAGAUGUAAUGUUUUAGUUCUUCACAAAUAGGUAGGGAGGGGGGUGGCUUGCAAAACUAACAUUGGUAUUUUGAAACAGCAGCAGAGAAAGUGGAUUUUAUUUUUGUUCUAUGUUGGUUGUAAACUGUAAUUUUUUUUCUGUAACUUGUGAACCACCUGCUUUAUAUUUUUUCAUUUUGAAGUGGGGAAGAGUUCUAGUAGUCCACUUUACUCUUGGCAUCCAUGCAGAGCAGUGUGCAGAAUAUGUAAUGCUCUUUUGUAAGAUGUUUCAUGAUUUUAAAAAUAAAUUUAGUGAACCA